UACCAAAGAACACAAUAUUACCCCCCUCACCCACCUUGACCCCCACACCCCCCGCCUACUAUACUGAAGCACCCUUAUACCCACCAUUGUUGUCCCCUAGGUUCCAAACCAUCCACCAGAAAUUCCUCCAUGAGUUAGAAGAUGCGAAACGUAGCAGCGAGCACGGUAACGAGAAGGUUCUUGGACUUAUAAUGGGCAUGAAAUUCUUUCGCGUGAAGAUGUAUCCUGUCGAGGAUUUCGAGGCUUGUUUCAGGUUUCUUCGAGUGCUCGCCGACUUUAGUCUCGAAGUAAAAGACCGCGAGAUCAAACAUGGACUGGCGAGUUUGUUCGUGGAAAUUCUUAUCCCUGUUGCUGCUGCGGUUAAAACUGAGGUCAACGUUCCUGUGUUGCGAGACUUCGUUGACGCCUUGUAUCCAACGUCACUCGAACUUUCCAAACGCAAGAAAAACCUCCUUGCGUUAUAUCCCCUUGUAACCUGUUUACUGUGCGUCUCACAAAAACAAUUCUUUCUCAAUAAUUGGCAUAUUUUCCUCGAUAAUUGUUUGUCGAAUUUAAAGCAUCGUGACCAGAAGGUAUGUCGUGUCUCGCUUGAAUCUUUGUAUCGGUUAAUAUGGACGUACACGGUUCGCAUCAAGUGUGAAAGUAACACCGCCACCCAGAGUCGAUUGUUGUCGAUUAUUCGUGGGUUGUUUCCCGUUGGUUCGAGGAACGUGGUGCCAAAGGACACCCCACUAAGCAUAUAUGUGAAGAUCAUUCAAUUCAUCGCACAAGAAAGACUGGACUUCGCGAUGAAAGAAAUCAUCCUUGAGCUUCUAUGCAUUACUUCCACCAUAACCAGGAACCCUAAGAUUUCGGUGCUUCACCCUGAGAGGAUGAAUAUUGGUCUCCGUGCCUUCCUUGUAGUAACCGACAGCCUGCAGCAAAAGGAGGGAGCCCCUCCCAUGCCAUCAACUAUAGGGGUGAUGCCAUCAGGGAAUACACUGAGAGUGAAGAAAACUUAUUUAAACAAAUUAUUAACCGAUGAUGAUGCAAGAACUAUAGGAGUCCUGCAAUAUCAUAAACCUGUACAGAAAGCUUUGGAUUAUAUUCUGCAAACACUGGAUUCCCAAGUUGGCCAAAAGAUGAUGAUGACGAACGCUCACGUCAGCAACAAGGCAUUUGAUCUCGGUGGAAUUGAAAUUAAACCAAAGAUUGAAUUGUUUCGAACAUGCAUUGCAGCAAUGCCAAGGUUACUCCCGGUUGGUGCCCUAACCUUCCCCUCCAUAUUCGAACUAUUAUCCCGUCUCACGAUCCACAUUGAUGAGGAAGUUCGGUCGCUUGCCUUCAACUCGCUUCAUUUAUUUUGUCUCGACUUUAACGAUAAACGGGAAGAUUUGAUCGCAACGUUCGUGUCUUUUAUAUUGAACAAGGUAACUGACAUUCACCCCAUACUACUUGAUACAGCAAUCAAACAUCUCAUACAACUGACCACUGGGUGGAAGAAUAAAGUGUUUGGGACUUCCCCUGAUGUCAGUUACAACAAGAACACAUACGCCCCGUUCAUCGCACGAAUUGAAGGAUUUGCGUUGGUUUUGUUUUGUAGCUGUCGAAGUGUAACGCGGAAACUUGCAAUACUAUUGUUAAAGGAGGUAAAGUCCCUCGCUCAAGCGUUAAACCCCGGCAAAGAUCGCAACGAACUUUGCAUUGACGCGCUUGAUCGAUUCACCCCCGACGUCGUGUAUGAGGUUAUACAGCAGCAUAGAGAUCUUAUAUCUGCCUCCAACGCUGAUUAUAAUAUGCUCAAGUUAUGUUCGUUGAAAAAUGAUGUUUCUAUGUUGAUUGAAGAAAGUUCGUCCUGGCAUCAGAAUGGCUGCGAAGAUUUAUGGAGUUGCGUAAUAUCCUCGUUCCUUCACCCUCAACGCAUCCCAUCGUUAUGUGGGGGCGCUAUGGAUCAUGCGUGGCUCGACGUGUGUAUGAGGUUCACGCAAGUUGGGACGAACAUUGAAGCUGCGAAUAAUACUUCCAAUAAAAAGAGCUCUGUAUCCACCAACAGCAUCGAUUCCAACCUUCCACUGUGGUACAACUACGUGGUGUUCAUAUGUAGAUCAGCACCUGCCAAUAUCACAAUUAUGAAGAAACAAGCAUCCAACGCAAUAUUGGCCGGCACACCAGACUGGAUGGUGGCUUUAAUUAAAGACGUUGAGCGUCAGAAAGCGACGCCCUCAUAUGUCUUCCAACGGUUGAUAUCUUUGCUAAAAGUUGAAAACAACAACGCACUUCGUGAUUCAGCUGUGGUUGGGUUGGGGUCUACGAGCAUCACGUCAUUCAACGAUCUGAUCCAUGAGUUGCUUCCCGUGAUUCAUGACGCCACCAAACCUCACCGACAGGAAAACAUUCGUCGUAAACGUAAACGCGAUGUUGUGCGUCUCAUGUUGGUAAGAAUAUUCCAACGACUCGCUAAAGCUGAGGUACUUAGCGAGGCAAUUGUUCGAACGUUCAACGAAACGUCUAAGGAGAAAAGUUUCGUCCAAAUAUUCUUGGAUUACAUUAAAGACACCUGCGCGUUCCUUGAAUCUGUCGAGAAAUUAGAUUCAAGUCAUGUUGUCGGAAACCAGAACCCAAGCUUCCCAAACUUUCCACCAGGGGGCGCCACACCCAACCCACAAAAUACUCCGAGCCACUCGAGGUCGCUAGAUGAGUUACGACGAUAUUUUGGAUCCACGAUAACGUUGGUGAUCAAACACUUGCCGAGUGAAAUCCAAACUACCUUCCUACCAUCUGAACUAAGGAGAAGUUUGUUCUUUCUAUUUGGGAGAUUGUGCAGCAAGUAUGAGGGGGAUGGGAGCGCGUUGGAUAGAUUGGAUGCUUUGGAUGAUAAGGUGGGGGGGUGAUUAGUCGACACCAUG